AUAUACUCAAAGGUCCUCCUGCUUUUUGAGGUUAUGUGAUGUUGCUUGAGUGUGUGCCAUGUGACAUUCGAUAAUUGGAAUCUUUAAUAGAUAGAAUUAAGAAAUCAUUUUUUACAUAUUUCCAAUCUACAGCAGGAUGAAGGACGACGAUCUUGUCGGCUUUGCCAACCCAAAUACGGUCAGUGACAAUGAUGAGGAUAAUGAAAUUGCUAGAAUUAAAAAGAAGGUUUCCAAGAAAUCUGGAGGGUUUCAAUCGAUGGCUCUCAGUUUUCCGAUUUUGAAAGGGAUCCUCAAACGUGGGUACAAAAUACCCACACCUAUACAAAGAAAGACCAUACCGUUGGCUCUCGAGGGAAGAGAUGUAGUAGCGAUGGCCAGGACAGGUAGCGGAAAGACCGCUUGCUUUUUAAUUCCUCUGUUUGAAAAACUCAAGGCGAGGCAAGCAAAGACGGGUGCACGCGCAUUGAUAUUGUCGCCCACACGUGAGCUGGCACUGCAGACGUUGAAGUUUAUAAAGGAGUUAGGAAGAUUUACAGGAUUGAAGUCAGCAGUGAUACUGGGUGGCGACAGUAUGGAUAAUCAGUUUAGUGCAAUUCAUGGAAAUCCCGACAUCAUUGUAGCUACCCCAGGUAGAUUUCUCCAUAUAUGCGUGGAGAUGGAUCUGCAAUUAAAAAAUGUCGAAUAUAUUGUCUUUGAUGAGGCCGAUAGAUUAUUUGAAAUGGGUUUCGGGGAACAGAUACAAGAAAUUGUGAACAGAUUACCGGAAUCACGUCAGACAUUACUAUUCUCCGCUACUUUGCCUAAGAUUCUCGUAGACUUUGCGAAAGCUGGUCUGAGCGAUCCAGUUUUACUUCGUUUGGACGUUGAGAGUAAGCUGCCUGAAGGUUUAACGUUAUCUUUUAUUACGUGUCGCCCCGAAGAGAAAUUAGCUGUACUUUUGAGCUUACUAAAAAGAAUUAUUAAACCCGAGUCGCAAACAAUUAUAUUCGCGGAAACUAUGCAUCAUGUGGAAUAUAUUCAUCAGAUAUUGGAUAAAGCGAAUAUAUCUAACACCUUCAUUUAUUCGAAUCUGGAUCCUUCCGCGCGUAAAAUAAAUGCAGCUAAAUUUCAAGUUGGUAAAGCGAGAGUUCUCAUAGUGACGGAUGUUGCUGCUAGAGGAAUAGAUAUACCACAUCUUGACUGCGUGAUCAAUUUUAAUUUUCCCGCAAAAUCUAAACUUUUCGUGCACAGAGUAGGACGAUGUGCUCGAGCCGGACGUGCUGGAACGGCAUAUAAUAUCGUGAGCUCCGACGAAUAUCCUUACCUCUUAGAUCUGCAUCUCUUCCUUGGUCGGCCUUUAACGAUAGUGCCGACUGCGGGAACCAAUGAAAAUAUGGAAUCCGCCGUAGGGAAAUUGCCACAGGCUAUGAUAGAGGAAGAAUUAGCUGAAUUAAUAAAUUGGCACAACACCUCUACCGAUCUGUUAAAUAUGCAAAAAGUAUGCAACAACGCCUAUCAACAAUACAUCAGAUCGCGACCGGGUGCUUCGGCGGAAAGUGUCAAAAGAAUUAAGGAGCUUCGCAUAAACGAAGCUGGAGUCUUACCCGAGUAUUCUGAUACAGCUCUUCAUACAGCUGUGGAUAUGAUAUCCAGGAUGAAAAAUUAUAGACCGCAAGGAACGAUAUUUGAAAUUGGUACGAAGACAAGUUCAACUGACUAUCAGGUGAUGAAAGCGAAACGAAUGUUUCACAAGGAGAAUAUUCUUAAUUUCCGCAAAAAGAUGGAGGAGCAUAAAACUGAUAAAAUCAAUACGACAUCAGGAUUAUCUGAAAAAGUUAAUCUGCCGUCCAGCAACGCGGAAGAAAUUAAUGCUGCAUUCAGCACAGUGGUAGUGCCAAAGAAAAGAAGUAGUGACGAUUUAUACAAAAUUUCAAAAAAGAAGAAACGUUUAACGAAACGGGAUGAAGAAUAUUAUAUACCUUACUCCGCACCAGACAAGCAUACAGAGGAUGGUUUAGCAGUUAACACAUUUGCCACUGAAGCUGAUAAGGCGCAGAUGGAUUUAACGGCAGACAAUGAAGAGGGCCAACAUCUUCAAACGCAGUUGAAAAAGUGGGAUAGGAAAAAGAAGAAAAUGGUCACCGUCGAAAGGGAUCCGAAGGCGAAAAAAAUACGCACUGAAUCGGGAGUAUGGAUACCUGCUACGUACAAGACAAAUCGUUACAAUGUAUGGAAGGAGAAGCGUAAGAUCGAUGAAAACGAUAGUGAAGAAGAUAGUGAGGAAGAACCUUCACAGACAACAAACUUACGGACCACAGCAAAUACACAUUGGGCCCGGCACAACCAGAAGCUUAAAGACAAGAUUAAAGUAAAGAGCGAGCUGAAGAAACCCGAACAAGUUUUGAAGGCACGCAAGCUGCUGGAGAGAAAACGUCAGAAAAAUGGCAGAAGGAGAAAUAAAAGUCAAAAGGAUCGUAGAAGGAAACAUUAAAACGUUUUCGAUGUUCAGAAUACAUUAUCAUUAUAAUGCAAUCAGUUUUAGGUAUUGGUUUCUUUUUCUGUUAAUUAUCACUUCUCCUCUUGCAUUAUUCCCAUUACUCAUAUUUGCCAUGUAAUCAACACAACCAUGUUAGAAUGAAGAAACGAGUGAAAGCUAUUACGCGUAGUAGAAAUAGUUACUUUAAUUAAAAGUAUACUUUAUA